UAUAGUGCGAUUUUAAAGAAUAUCGUAUCGAUUCCUUUUCGCCUCUGACGAUGCAUUUACAUGUCUACACAAUGCGUAUAUAAUGGUCACGUGCGUCAUGCGGGCUAUAGGUCAUAUGCGUAAAUAAUGCAUAUAAUUAUAAAUGCUCUCUUCAACACAAGAAUGAGCAUCCCUCCCCUUAUAUAGCAUUUCAUGGUAAUAUUGAUACUUACCAUAUAAGCGUCUUUCAUAUUCUGCACUAUUCUCCAAUUGAUUAGACAGUGUCUUGUUAGAAGGCUAGACGAUCGAACAAUCUCUCGUUAAUUCCGUAAUUAAUUGUGUCCCAAAUUUAUUGAAUUCAAGAAAACGAUCGAAUAGAAUGUUAGAAAAGUUAAUAAAAUUAUUUUUCGUAUUUGUUACCAUCGAAGCAUUUUCCCUUUCAUCGACAAAUCAUAAAAAUGUUACGAUUGAAAGCGAUACGAUUGUUUAUCGAUUACCGACGAAUAUUGUACCAAUACAUUACGAUUUGAAAUUGGAAUCGAAUAUCAUGGUGGGUGAUUUUAAUUUUACCGGUGAAAUUGACAUUAAAAUCGAUGUUCGAGAGCCUACGAAGUUAGUAGUGUUAAAUUGGAAGAAUCUUACGAUAAAUGAAACGCAGAGUCAUUUGGAAAAGGACAAUGGCGAAUCACUUUCACCGAAGGAGCAUCGUUACGAACCGUAUAGAGAAAUGUUAACGCUCGUUUUUGACAAAAUCAUCGAUCCUGCUGUUUACACUUUACAUUUGAAAUUCUCAGGCAUUCUUUCGACAGAUUUAUAUGGCUUUUUCCGAUCCUCUUACAUUAACGAGAACGGUGAUACAACGUGGUUUGCGGUAACUCAUUUUCAACCUAUAAGUGCACGUCGUGCUUUUCCCUGCUGGGACGAACCAGCAUUUAAAACAACUUUUAACAUUUCCCUGAAACAUCAUGCCAAUUAUACGGCCCUUUCAAAUAUGCCAGUAUUUGAACGAUCGUUUACUGACGAAAGUAAUGAUACAGUAUGGACUCGUUUCGAGAAGACUCCGAUCAUGGCAACCAAUAUCUUAGCCUUUAUAAUCUCCGACUUCGAAUAUAUUUCUAUACCCGAGAGAAACAUUAAAAUUUGGGCAAGGAAAUCAGUCAUUCCAUCGAUAUAUUUUUUACUCGAAGUCAUUCAGAAAAUAGAUGACGAAUUGAAAAAAUACAUGCCUAAUUCUAUAAUGGUACCCAAAAUUGAUCAUGUUGCUCUUCCUGAUUAUAGUAGCCAGGGCACGGAAAAUUGGGGUCUUAUCACGUAUAGAGAAAAAUCACUCGUGUAUAAAGAAAACGAAACUACCAUAGAUGAAAUGGAUAGGAUCCUGAUGCUAAUUGCUCAUGAAUUGGCGCAUCAGUGGUUUGGUAAUCUGGUUGGUCCACGCUGGUGGAAAUACAUGUGGAUGAGCGAAGGUUUUGCCGCGUACUUUCAAUAUUACAUAACAGACAAGGCUUUCAAUGACACACGAAUGAUGGAUAAAUUCCUCUUAGAAGCUAUGCAAGAGAUUGCCUUCCACGUGGAUACCUGUCCGGAUCAAUCUCCAAUGAAUAACAAUGUUAGUAAACCUUCGGACAUUCCUUACAUCUAUUCCCUUAUUACUUAUCGUAAAGCACCAAUUGUUUUACGAAUGUUGUCGCAUUGUAUAUCUGAGGAAAUUUUCAAGGCCGGUCUUUUCAAAUAUAUUUCUGAAAAUAAAUACAAGACCACUUUACCAGACGACUUAUGGCGAUCCUUCCAAUUUGUUCUGAACCAGUCAAAUGUGACACACGAGGAUUUCGAAAUAAAAACGAUGAUGGAUACUUGGACGGAACAAGAAGGAUAUCCUACGAUUGUCGUGAAUCGAGAUUACGAUACCGGUACAGUGCAAGUGCGACAAUUUAGUAGUAAGUCAUCAUCACCAUCUAAUCAAGUGUGUUAUAACAAAUGGUGGGUCCCUUUGAAUUUUGCAACCCAAACUAAUCCUGAUUUUUCAUCCACUUUACCGACACACUGGUUGAAUCCAUCGGAGGAUACGAAAACGAUCAAAAGUUUGCCUACGGAUGGUUGGAUUAUUUUUAAUAUUCAACAAACUGGUUAUUAUCGCGUGCACUACGAUCAAGAGAACUGGAAGAGAAUCGCACGAUAUUUAAAUUCCGAUGAUUACAAGAAUAUACACGUUUUAAAUCGCAUUCAAAUAAUUGACGAUGCGUUUAACAGCGUAAUGGAAAACGAUAUACCUAUCUCUAUCUUCGGAAUGAUAAUAAAUUAUCUUUCGCAGGAAACCGAUCCAAUAGUGUGGAAAAUUGUGUUUCGUAUAUUUUCACAUAUGAAUUAUUAUAUUCAAACUCCCAGAACUGCCGCUAUUCUCAAGCCAUAUUUACAACGUCUUCUUAAUGAUAAAUUAAAAGAUAUGGAUUACAAUGAUAAUCCGGAAGAAGAUUCUUGGACGAGAAGAAUGAAACAGAUUAUUAAACAUAUCGCAUGUAAAAUUGACGUUCCUGAAUGUUACGGAAAUGCCACUGCUCAAUUAGUUGAAUAUCUUAAAAAUCCAAAAUCAAUAAUUAUACAACCAGAUUCACAAAAAUGGGUUUUCUGUUCUGGAUUACGAAAUGCGAACGAGUCUGUAUGGAAUGGAGUUUUAAAUAAUUACGUGAAAGAUCGAAAAAGACAAUUGUUAACAUAUCUCACGUGCUCGGAGAACCGGACUAUUUUAAACAACUACUUGGUCAUGACCUUUUCUGAAGAUUCUCCAAUUUCUAAAUCUGAUAUCGAAACUGUAUUAAACGAUAUGAUGAUUAAAUCGGAGAUCAGCUUUGAUACACUGGUGGAUUUCAUUAGCAAGAAUUUAAAUGAAAUAUUUUUUACAACGGAUAAAAUAGAUAAUAUUCUUAAUUCUAUUUCAUAUAGGAUUACUACGAGAGAACAACUUAAAAAGAUGAUAGGUAUAUUUGCAUCUAAAGGGAAGCCACUGAAUAAAAUGAUAUAUUAUUUUGAAAGGAAGUUGGUUCAAAUCGAUGAAAUUAUACCAAUCGUUCAAGAGUUCGUUCAAACUGCAGUCAAUUCUGUCACGAUGUUUACAGUUGAUGAUAAUAAUCAGAAAGCCAAUCGAUACAAACCGGAGAAAAUUAAUUAUCGUUUGCCAGAUGCCGUACGGCCGACGCAUUACAAUAUCAAGUUGACAUCAACCUUUUCAAUCUUUGACGGCGAAAUAUGUAUUGAUCUUGAAGUUCGGAAAUCAACGUUCGAUAUAACAUUGCAUUGUAAACAAAUCGUCGUAGACAAAACUACGACGAUGUUGACAAAUUCUAAAAACGAACCUUUAAUUCCGAUAGAACAAGAUUACGUCGAUGAAAAAGAAUUUUUCAUAGUUCGUUUUACAAAUGCUUUACAACCAGAUUGUUACAAGCUUCAUUUCAAGUUUAACGGCUUUAUCGACAAUGAUAAUCACGGUUUUAAUAGGAGAAUUUGUACAGAAAAACAAGAUAGUUGCACACGAUAUGCUGUGACGAAUUUUAAAACGAUCUUUGCACGUCGUGCUUUUCCCUGCUUCGAUGAACCUGAUAUGAAAGCAACGUUUUCCAUUUCCAUAAAGCAUCAAGCAUUAUACAUCGUUCUUUCGAACAUGCCGAUCAAAGAACGAUCACUGAUCGAUGAAGAGGGAAACAUAUGGACACAUUUUCAAAAAACACCGAUUAUGUCCACGUACUUGUUAGGUAUCGUUUUAUUACCAUAUGAUAGUACAUGCAUUUCUAAUCACGAUGGUACGGUUAACGUUUGGUGUAGAAAAAAUUGGUCUCAAGUUGCCAAACUGAUUCAUGAAGUAACGGAAAAGACAAAAAUUCAACUUGAAAAUUACACCGGUAUUAUCAAACCAAUACCAAAGAUAGAUCACGUAUUGAUUUCCAAUCAUUCAAGUGUAUCUUCAGAAAAUUGGGGUCUUAUCGUUUACAACGAAAACGAUGUAACGUAUGUGGAGGAUCCUUCGGAUACAUAUAAUGUAGAAACCGUAACCAGACUUGUAGCACACGAUUUAGUUCAUCAAUGGUUUGGAAAUCUAGUCGGUCCUUCCUGGUGGGAUCAUUUAUGGUUAAAUGAAGCUUUUGCUCAUUAUUUUCAGUAUUACUUUGUUGAUAAGAUAUAUCAAGAGUCAAGAGUGUUAGAUAUAUUUGUAGUGGCUAUUCAACAAGCAUGUGCACUUUUCGGAGAUUUUUAUUCAAUUGUACAACAUAAAAAAUCAUUGAAAUGUAUUUACCAAGAGCCUUAUUUGGGCGUACAUGCUAUUGCCUGUCGUAAAGGAUCAUGUAUUUUACGUAUGCUCUCUCAUUGUCUUUCCGAAGAGAUCUUUCAUAAAGGAAUCGUAACCUAUCUCAAUACAUUCCAGUACGACACAUCCACACCUGAUCAUUUGUGGAAAAUAUUCGAGGAAACGAUGAAACCGGAAAAAAUUAAUAUCAAAGAAAUGAUGGAUACUUGGGUAAAACAAAAAGGAUAUCCUCUUGUAACGGCAAAACGAGAUUGUAAUACUGGAGUGAUAAUUGUAACACAAGAACGUUUUAAACAAUUUAAUAGUGACGACGAGGAAGAUGAUGAAGUUGAUGAUAACGAUGAUGAUAAUGACGAUAAUCCAAAGUGGUGGAUACCCAUCAAUUAUACAAGCAGAAGUGAAGCAAAUUAUUCCUCAACUUUACCAACGCAUUGGUUAAAGCCAAAAGAUGAGAAUUUGACGAUCGAUAAUGUCAAUGCGAACGAUUGGUUCAUUCUUAAUGUACAACAAACGGGCUAUUAUCGAGUUAAUUACGACAAGGAUAAUUGGAAGAAAAUCGCUGAGUAUUUGGAUUCGGAAAAUUACAUAAAGAUUCACCCUUUGAAUCGUGCACAGAUUAUCGAUGACUCAUGUUAUAUGGUUCGAACGAAACGUUUAAAUCCAAUUAUUUUCUUGGAAAUUAUAAAAUAUUUGUCACGUGAAACGGAUUAUAUACCGUGGUAUUCAGCAUUUAGAGCUUUUCGAACGUUUCAAGAUUAUUUCACAUUUCCAAAAAGUGCUGUCUUCCUUAAGCCUUACGCUCUAGAAUUGAUCGAUGGUCUUUUACGGAAUGUUGGUUAUGAUGAAAAUCCAAACGAUGAUCACUUAACGAAAUUAAAAAGAGUCGAAGUUCUUCAAUUAGCCAGCGAUCUUGGACAUUUGGAAUGUAGGAAGGUUGCGAAUGCCAAAUUGAUCGCAUAUAUAGAGGAUCCUGAUUCAAAUCCUAUAUCUUCUAAUUUAAAUACAUGGGUAUUUACUAAUGGGAUGAGAGAAGCUGACGAAAUACUAUUUAAUAAAUUUCUUAAGAGGUAUAAGAAUAAUCCAAGCUUUCCAACGUUUCGCUACUUAAGUAGUAUCGAAGAUCCUAUGUUAGUCGAGAAGCUAUUAAAAUUAACGUUAACUGAUGAUUCACCGAUUUCGAAGGACGAUCAAGUAGAGGUUUACCGUUCUGUCAUGUACACGAGUGUUAAGAACGUAAACACCACUAUAGAUUUUAUUAUAGAUAAUUGGAAAAAAAUAAGAGCAAGAAUCGAAGAUGCAGAUGAGAUAAUUGAUGAUGUCGUGGGUGAAAUUACUUCCUGGGAUCAAUUUCACAAGGUAAAAUUGUUUAUGAAAGCGAACGGACUGAAUGGAAAGCGAAGCAUAGAUGAUGUGGAAACGUUUUUGAAAAAAGCGGAGGAACAUACAUCUGAAAUUGUUAAAUGGAUGAAGAUGCAAAGUUCAUUACAAAAUGUCGAUGAAAAAUUAGAAAAUUUGCAUUUUACGAAUGUACAAAACAUAUGAAAUACACAUUUUAAAAUACA